CUCAUUAGCCACUGUCCCAUUCAAACACACUCACUUUGCUGAAUUCCUCAAUUAGGGUUUUUACUGAUUGAAAUGCAGAGCAACAACAAUGGAAGCAAUUGAACAACACCAAAUUCAAAAUCAAAAUCACAAUCAAUCAUCAGAUCAAACUGAAGAAUUAGGGAUUGAGUCUCAGAAUUCCGAAACAUUGUUGUUACCGUCCGAUCUCAAUUUCCAAAACCCUAAUCAAAAUCAGCCAAAAGCUGAUGAGAGUGACGAUGAUGAUGAGAUGGCGAUGCAAGCCCUCUGCGAAGAGCUUAAAAAUCUGGUCUUGAGCCAGGUUAUGGAUGAGGAUGGAGGAAACCAAGAUCUUCACCCUGAUCGUGAAGAAAGUGGAAAACUCAAGGAAAAAUUGGAAGAUGAGCUUGUAAAUGUUGAAGGGAAUGAUGAUGGAUGGGGAUAUGUCGGUGAAUAUGGUUAUGAUCAGUAUGAUGAGGAUGGUGAUGAAAACAGGAGUGGAAGUCGGAAUGGCAAUGAGAUUGAUGGGGAAAAUGAAAAUGGUUAUGAAGGGGAUUCUAAGGAAGCAGGGUUUAAUGCUAAUAGGAUUAAUAAGAGGAAGAUUAAUUAUCCUUUAAGACCUGAUGCUCAGGAUUGUCCUUAUUAUAUGAAAACAGGGAUGUGUAAAUUUGGAUCGAAUUGCAAGUUUAAUCACCCUUCCAGAAGAAGAAUCCAGCAGGGGACAAAGGAGAAGGGGAAGCAAAGGGAAGACAGCCAGGAGAGGCCGGGGCAGAUUGAAUGCAAGUAUUACCUGACAUCAGGGGGUUGCAAGUAUGGAAAAGCUUGUAAAUUUAAUCAUAGUAGGGAAAAGGGUGCCAUCUCACCAAUUGUGGAGUUCAACUUUCUUGGCCUGCCCAUUCGAUCGGGGGAAAGGGAGUGCCCUUACUAUAUGCGUACUGGCUCUUGCAAGUAUGGGUCCAACUGUAGGUUUCAUCAUCCUGAUCCUACCACUGUGGCUGGAGCUGAUCUAUCUUCUGGACAUAACAACACUGGAGCUGUUCCUGUACAAGCUGCCUCCCAUUCAUCUGCAUCUUCUUGGUCUCCGCCAAGAGCAUUGAAUGACACAGCUCCUUAUGUACCAAUGAUGUACCCACCAACCCAAGACACUGCUUCUCCAAAUACUGAAUGGAAUGGGUAUCAGGCCCCGGCCUAUCCAACAUCAGAGAAAAGACUACCUACUCCUCCAGCAUUUGCUAUGAACAACCCGGCGAAGACCAAUUUCUAUCCACGGUCUCAACAGCCAGAGCAGGUUGAAGAAUAUCCUGAACGUCCUGGUCAACUUGAAUGCAGUUACUUCAUUAAAUUUGGAGAUUGUAAAUACAGAUCUAACUGCAAAUUUCAUCAUCCAAAGUCUAGAAUAUCAAAAGCAAACUCAAGUACUCUUAAUGACAAGGGACUGCCGCUAAGACCUGAUCAAACUGUCUGCUCAUUCUACAGCCGCUAUGGAAUAUGCAAGUAUGGCCCUGCAUGUAAGUUUGAUCAUCCAGAAAAUUAUGUUGGAUCUGCAUCACCUGCCGAGUCUGGCUUUGAUCAGCAUCAGCAAUCACAGAUGUCUCAAGGAUGGCAAGGACAGCACCUGGAAGUGGAUCACUGAUACAGCAGUCUGUAUGAGUAAUUUUUGGUCCAGUUCCAUCUAGAGUUUAGUUUAAAACCAUAUGCCAAUGGUUAAUCUUCUGGGACUUAAAACUCCACCGACGUGAGUAUAAGUUCUCAGAUCUAUUUAGAGGAUGGUACAUUAAUCUCUCUAUGUUUCAUGUUGUUACAAGCGCAAGCGAAAUAGGAUACUGUAAAUUAUUGAUAGAGCAUUUUAUUUUAGAUUAAAUGAAGAUAUUAGGAUAC